AUGAAUGCCGUUAUUGUUCAUGCUCCAUGCAAAAUCAAUUUAACACUUGAUGUAUUUGGUGCAAGAUUAGAUGGAUAUCAUGACCUUGAAUCAAUUGUAGUGCCAUUCACACCGGCGGAUGAAAUUUCUGUAAAAAGCAAACCUGCACAUACUCCAUAUCACCACGUAACACUAGAUUGUGAUGAUUCAUCUUUACCGACUGACGAGGGAAAUCUUGCUUUUCGGGCGGCAAUUGUAUUUCUUAAUCGUUUUAUGCCGAACCAACCACAAGAUGUUACUAUUCGAUUAAGUAAGAAACUUCCGUGUCAAAGCGAUCUUGGGGGUGGAAGUAGUGAUGCAGCAGCCGUACUCAAGGCCCUACAUCGUAUAUUUUGUGUUGAUCCAAAAGAAUUACUCGAACUUGGUUCAACAAUCGGUUCAGAUGUCUCUCUUUUCUUAAUUGGUGGUCCAGUUCUUAUGUCUGGAAGAGGGGAAAAGGUUGCACGUUUAAUAACUUCUCUUUCUCAUAUUUUUGGUGUCAUUGUCAAGCCAGAUAUAGAAGUUCCGACAGCGAAAGCUUAUGCUUUGGUAGACGCACUUAAAAAUCGCGUGCCGGGAAAAUCAACUGAACGCCUCUGUGAGUUACUUCGCACGGAGUUAAGCAUGGAGAAGUUGGGUGUUGCUUUCAACAAUGACUUUGAAGAUGCUAUAUUUCAAGCAUAUCCUGAAGUUGCCGAAGCUUAUCGUUGUGUUGCAUCAGCCGGUGCUAUUCGCGCACUGUUAUGUGGUAGUGGAUCGGCUGUGUUCGGCCUUGCUCGUGAUUAUGAUCAUGCUACACAACUUGUUAAUUUACUUCGUGCUCGUUUUCCUUAUGUGACUAUGGCUACGAGUUUCAAAGAAGAGUUAUAA